AUGCCACUACUGCCUCAGUUGACACACCAAAUAGACUGGAUAGAACCUCAGGCCACGUACAGUGAGGCCUUUUUCUUCUCUCUUGUAGAUAUUGGGGAUCAAUGCACAAUGCCUCAAUUCAGCGCCUCUUCAGUGAACAGUCUCCUUAAUUGCUGUGGCAUGGAAAUGGGCAAGAAUGUACAUGUGUAUGUGGAUGUGCAUGCUUGGAAGUGGAUAACUCGUGGUGGGAGCAGAAAUGUCCCCAAAGGCCGACCAGACAUUCGAUUCAAGGAACAACUUCGGGGAAGGAGAAGUCGAAGACUGGUGGACUGCUGCACAGUAGGUGAAUUGGGUGGCAUGAAUGGGUUGGAGGAAUCGGUCACCUACCCCUAA